CAUCCACCUCUGAUGUCCCGUGUGCCAGCGGCGCCGCGCGCGCAGGCAAUUGGAGUCCUCACCGUGUGGACGAGCUGGACUCGCGCAUUCAAAAACCAGUUUUAAGCUGCUCGCGAACUCUUUGUGUUCCUUAAACGAAUUUACCCAACAACUUACAAUUAUUUCAACCUGAAAACGUUCGCAACGCAAACUACCACCGCUAAGGGCUUGGUUUAAAUCCGCCUGCCCGCGGUGCAUGCGGGACCAUCGGGAUAUCCUACAUUAAUGUACCAGUGAGGAGAGCGGAGGACCGGGGUGCUGGUAAUUACUUAGACUCUGAAAACACUGGGACCGACGAUGAAAAGAGUAAGCGCUUACAUUUAGGGUAGCCUCAAGAAAGGAGAAAGAAAGCAGUUUGGGGGUAUUUAGAGAGAGCAACACCCGCACUUUGAAGAGACCAACUAAACUGUAGCCGUCUACUCGAUCUGGGGACCUGCUGGGGUGAAGGAGUGAGGAGAUGCGCGGUGUAUCAUGGAUAUACGAGAAGGGAUGAACGACAGCAAACACCAGAGGAUAUGUAUUCGGAACAACAGUGAAAGUGCUGGAAAGGACAAAGCUGUGAUUCUACACACCUGUGAUUGGAAGUGAGCUUUUAUUGACCUGAGACCAUUAAAAUGAAGUUGCUAUGGAAACUUAUAGUGCUGCUGUCAUUGGUGGAGCGCCUGGCAGGAAGCGGAGUCCUGCUGAGGCCCAUGUUCACCAAACAACCUGGCAGUGUGGUGUUUCCCAUUCGUUCUGGCGAAAGUCGCAGAGAGGUGGUGUUUAGCUGUGAGGCCCAGGGACACCCACCUCCUUUCUACAGGUGGAAGCUAAACGACUCUUUCAUCACGCCCAGACCGGGGUCUCGUUACUCUCUCAUGGGAGGAAACUUACACAUCGCACAUCUUAAUAAAGAGGAGGACGUCGGCAUCUACCAGUGCAUGGCAUCGAACUCUUUCGGCACCAUCGUGAGCAGAGAGGCCAGCCUUCAUGUCGCAUACUUGGAGAAUUUCAAGACUCAGAGAAGAAGUCCAGUGAGGGUUCGUGAAGGUCAAGGAGUGGUCUUGCUCUGUGGCCCUCCCCCCCACUCUGGAGAACUUAGCUUCACAUGGAUCUUCAAUGAGCACCCCUCGUAUGUCACCCAGGACACGCGGCGAUUUGUGUCCCAGAAGACGGGCAAUCUCUACAUCGCGAAAGUGGAACCCUCUGAUGUGGGGAAUUACACCUGUGUAGUCACCAACACGGUCACCAAAAGCAGCGUUGAAGGUCCACCAACACCUCUGGUCCUGCGCGUUGAUGGUGUGAUGGGCGAAUAUGAGCCAAAGAUUGAAGUGCAGUUUCCUGAAGUUGUCCCCGUUGCUAAGAGCUCCACUGUCAAACUGGAAUGUUUUGCACUUGGAAACCCUGUGCCAACAAUCAGCUGGAAAAAAGUGGAUGGAGCCUCCUUUACCAGGAAGGUGGACAUAAAUAAAGCCAGUGGAGUUUUAGAAAUCCCUUACUUCCAGCAGGAGGAUGCCGGGAUGUACGAAUGUGUGGCAGAGAACAGCAGAGGAAAAAACUCGGUGAAAGGAAAGCUGUCUUAUUACGCUGCACCUCACUUUACUGAAAAGCCUCAGGAUGUACAGAAGACCAUUGAUGAGACUCUGGUGUGGGAAUGCAAGGCCAGUGGCAAACCAAAACCCUCGUACCGCUGGCUGAAGAAUGGAGAGCCUCUGGACCCCAUGGAGGACAGAGUUCAGGUGAAUAAUGGAGUUCUGACAAUCAGCAGCUUGAACCUGGCUGACAUUGGCAUGUUCCAGUGCGUGGCAGAGAACAAGCACGGUCGAAUCUUUACCAAUGCCGAGCUGAGAGUUGUAGCAAUUGCUCCAGACUUCUCCCAGAACUUGUUGAAGGCCCAAACUUUGGCCCGACAGGGUGGCGACGUUCUAAUCGAAUGCAAGCCCAGGAUGUCUCCUCGAGGCAUGAUUUCAUGGCGGAAGGGAAAGGAAGCCCUGAGAGAGAGCCACAGAGUUAUGGUGUUGGAUAAUGGAAGCCUGCGGAUCUCCAAUGUUAGUAAAUCGGAUGCUGGAAUCUACACAUGUGUAGCCAGAAACCAGUUUGGAGUAGCAAGUAGUGCUGGCAGCCUUUUGGUAAAAGAGGCAACUGUGAUUACCAGUCCAGCAGGUCAUCUGGAUGUGACUGUAGGUGAGAGCAUUGUCCUGCCCUGUCAGGUAUCGCACGACCCAACUCUGGACCUCAAGUUCACCUGGUUUUUCAACGAGCAGCUCAUUCACUUUGGAAGCCACGGAGCUUAUUUUGAAAAAGUUGGUGGGCGAUCGGAUGGUGACAUUAUGAUCCGGAAUAUUCAACUGAGGCAUGCUGGGAAGUAUACCUGCGCUGUUCAGACCAAGGUGGACAGUGUUUCUAUUGCCACUGAUGUGGUUGUGAGAGGUCCUCCAGGACCCCCUGUGGACUGUCAGGUGACUAAGAUGACAGAGACCAGUGCCUCUCUGUCCUGGGGUCCUGGCACGGACAACCACAGCCCUAUCCUAAGCUAUACCAUCCAGGCCAGAACGCCCUUCUCUCUCGGGUGGCAGGCUGUUACCACAGUUCCCGAGCUGCUAGGAGGGAAGCAGCUGUCAGCCACUGUCACUGACUUGAGCUCCUGGGUGGACUAUGAGUUCAGAGUCUUGGCAACCAACAGCAUCGGAACAGGAGAGCCCAGCAAACCCUCCAAAAAGGCCCGCACCAAAGACACGCUUCCCAGGGUAACUCCAGCAAGGGUGAGUGGUGGUGGUGGAGGACGUUCAGAGCUGGUCAUCACUUGGGAGCCUGUUCCCGAGGAAAUGCAGAGCGGCCCGGGCUUUGGAUAUGUGGUGGCUUUCCGCCCACUCGGGGCGCAGGGCUGGAUGCAGGCUGCUGUCACGUCCCCAGAUGCUUCUAGAUAUGUCUUCAAGAAUGAGAGCAUCCCUCCCUUCUCCCCUUACCAAGUCAAAGUCGGGGUUUACAACAACAAGGGAGAAGGCCCUUUCAGUCCCGUGACCACUAUCUACUCAGCAGAGGAAGAGCCCAGCAGAGCUCCAGGGAGGCUCAGGGCUCGGAGCGUAUCAGCGUCCGAGGUAGAGGUCACCUGGAAGCCACUGCCCUGGAGCAACAACCGCAGACGCAUCCUAGGCUAUGAGUUGCAGUACUGGAGUGAGAAGCAAAAGCAAGAGGCAGCUACGGUGAUCAGGACAGCAGGGAAUAAAACUUCAGUACUCAUCAGGGAUCUGGAAGGCAGCAGUACCUAUUACGUGUGUCUGCGGGCUUACAACAGCGCUGGAGUGGGCCCACAGAGCAACAUACUCAAUGUCACAACCAAGAAACCACCGCCCAGUCAAGCCCCAGUUAAAAUUGUGUGGAACACUUCCAACUCCAAGGUCAUCCUGAAGUGGGACCAAGUGCACGCCCUGGAGAAUGAGUCAGAAGUCACAGGAUAUAAGGUGAUGUACAGCCAGGACAAACACAGUCGUCCCAACGUGGUGGAGACCAACAACACCUCCUUGGAGUUGUCGCUGCCGGUCAACCAAGGCUAUGUGAUCCAAAUUAAACCCUUCAGUGAGGGAGGUGAAGGGAUCAGCAGCCGCCAGAUUACCAUCCCCAAGAUAGCAGACGCCAUAGCCGCGGGAGCAGCCUCGGAGUUCUCGGCCUUCCCCACGGUCAAUCUUGCAGCCCUAAUCAUCACAGCCAGAACGCUGCUAUGACAAAUGUCUGCAGGAACCAGGCUCUGCAGCUGCUUAUUAAGAGGAGAAAAAGCAGGUCAAAGACAACAACAGGCUGACAGCCACAUUCCCACCUGCUCCCUUUCCUGCACUACUGUGUCUUUCCUCUUCUUUCUACAAAGAUCGCUUUGUGGGGAAGAUUCUUUUCCUCCACCUUUCUAAAGUGGUUACUGAAAGGAACUGGCUCUUUCAGAAGUUGCUUUUAUGGAACUGAAAGGACACCGUGGCUCGACUGCAGUCUCUUUGAAGACGUUUUUUUUUUUUCACUCGUCUCCUUUCUAACCAGUGGAUGUUCUCGUAUGGUUUUCAUCUUGGAGGCCACAAUAGAAUGUGUGUAUAUGUUUUUGCUUAAGAGGCUGUGCAGGUUUUAUUAAACAGAUGUAUGUUCCACUGGACUCUUCUCGGUUGAUGGGAUUUAAACAUGACAGAGAGUGAAGGAGCUCUAAAGCAAGUGAGUAUCAUUAAGCUUAAUUUGAGACAGGAAGUGGUUGAAGCCAUUUCCCUGCUAUCUUUUGGGCUGUCUUUGGAAAACCUCCUGCAUUCUAAUGAGGAAAAAACAACUGUUAGUCAUCCUCUGCUAAAAAGCAGGGAGCUAAGUCUCACUGCUUUAUGACAACCAGAAUCUGAGACCUUUGUAACUUUUACCUGGAUUUUAUUCAUGCUUUUAUGUCGCAUCAAAACCUCAGCUGCCAUGAAACUGAGUGGAACCAAAGGUACAGGGCCUACAAGGUUCAGUUAUACCUGUUGUAUUGUGAGAAAAUGCUGCGUGUCCAUCCCAGUAUUACUUCCACUGUAAACACCAGAUCUUUGUUGACUAAUUGAUGUCUCAUCUUCUUCCUUCAUCUAUGAAAAGUGUGCAACAAAGGCACGCCGAACAAUGUCAGCUGCGUUGUCGCACAUGUCGCGUAUGUAUGAAAUCCUCAGGUCCCAAAUUGAGCCUUAAGUCCUAUGGUUAUCUCCCACGUUGUUACUAUUCAAAAGAGGUUUUAUUUAUACUCCUUUUGUUUAUCCGCGGUGUAUUUUGGCUCAGUCAUGCUCUAAUUUAGAUCAUGUUUUUUAGGCGUUUUUAGGACAUAACAGGCCUUUGUCUUCUGUCCUUCAUAAUGAGCAUUGUAAUACAAUAAGUGGCAGAUAUUUACUGACGUUUCCAGCUUAUUACAAAGUAGCGGGAGUACUUUACUGUCAGCCGCUGUUAGGCAUGAAAUCGGUCAGUGUGUGUACCUUGCUUAGGGUGUCUGAAACGGAACAACCUGCUUUUAAUAAACAUAAUGCCAUUUU